ACGGAGACUGCACUCUCACAUUCAUCUUGGUGGAGGAAGACACAAGUGUCAAUACUGCUAUGGGGAGGUCCAAGGUGCCGCCCGACGUGUUCCCGCCGUUGCGGCUCUCUCCAGCCGAGAAGCAGGCCAUCGUCGACUACACGGACGAGCUGGUAGCCGAGACGCUGCUGGCCAGCGAGAAGUUCAUCGCGCGCCAUCGCAAGCUCAAUCCGGAGCGCUGGAAGUACGUCAAGACGCAGGACCACCUCCACGUGUAUCGCUCUCGUCGGCGUAAGAGUUCGUCGGCGUCCGAGCCUCCGCAGCUCGCGUCAUUGUCCGAAGCGAGCAGCGCGUCGUCCGGCAGCAUUGGGGCGUCACAGAUCAAUGCGUCGACGAGUUCGGGGGGUUCCAGCAGCCACCGCCACGAUGCGGACUACCUCACGGACGGGUCUCUGCUGGAACGCGCCCGUCCUGACCGUUUGCCGCUCGUGGUCAUCACGGGCAGGAUGGAGGGCACAGUGGAAGACGCAGCGUUCGGCGCCUUGGCUGACAACGAGGCGCGCUGGAGGCUGCGAGACACCUACAUUGGCGACGGGUACGACGACGUCAAGCUUCUAGCUACCGUCCAGGCGCCGACCAGGGAGGACCCGUUCCGCUUCCUCGGCGUCAAGUGGGCGACUAAAACAAUGGGGACCUUCAUGACCCAGCGCGACAUGGUGUACGUCGAGUCCACAGGUGUCACUCGCGACUCAAAUGGGGAGAAGGCGGCCUACUUGCUCAUGCACAGCUACGCGCUGGACCGCGUGCCGGAGCUGUCGGAGUUUGGCGUCAUCCGCGCGCGGAUAUCCUCGUGCUUCAUCAUCCGAACGCACUCGGAGGGGGUGCUGGAAGUCUUCUGCAGGGCUUUCAACGACCUCGGGGGUGACAUCAUGGAGGGCGUGACGGUGAACAUCUUCAAGGACACUCUGCUGGCGGUUGGCGGGCUCGUGCAGUGCGCGUACGUCAAGAAGCUCAAGUGGCAGAUGAGCGCUCGAGAGCGAGAGGCGAGUGAGCACGCGACGGCUUUGGCGGCGCAGAGCCACGCUCCGACGCAUUGUGCGGGCUGCCACCACUCGCUGAGCAAGUUCGGCCGCCUCAUCCAGACGGGAGCCGCGUGUCAGGUCUGCCGCCGGGUCUUCUGUAGAAAGUGCACUGUCGUCAAGAGGGUGGGCGUCGACUUCGGCAACGCCGGCAGCAUCACCGAGAAGAACAUGGACUCCUGCCAAGAAUGUGUCGCGCUAGCAAUGAAGAUCUCGGCCAAAGGUGUGGCGUUGGAGACGAUGCUCAAAGGCGUGAGUCGAGGUGGUAGCCACAGCUCUCUAUCCUCCUCGAUGACUAAGUCGUUGAGCAAGUCCACCACUUCAAGCUCUGGUUGA